UAGCUCAAACACUCUCACGCACAGACACUGGUGCAGUAUGGGAGCCAGACGCGGAGCAGAUUGAAGGAAUUCCCCUCAGACUGCUUCUAUCUGAUUGGAUCAUGUUUCCUGACUAUGUGUAUGUGAGAGGGCAGCAUGCAAUCGGCACCAGCAGGUUUGUGGGACCCCCAUGGACCCCAGUCUGAAGAUGUCUCCCCCCUCCCCCUCCCCCUGUAUCCACCCUCCGCCUGUCGCCUCUCCCAUUUGAUUGCCGCGCCACCGGCUAAGCGAAUCACCUUCUACAAGAGAGGCGACGAUCAGUUUGCGGGAGUGAGGAUGGCGGUCCACAAACGCAGCUUCAAAUGCUUUGACGCACUACUUGAUGACCUGUCGCAGAAGGUGCCCCUGACAUUUGGGGUGCGCACAGUCACCACCCCCAGAGGACUCCACAGUAUUAAACAUCUAGAGCAGCUGGAGGAUGGGGGGUGUUACCUCUGCUCUGACAGGCGGCAGGCUAAACCAAUCAACAUGGAGCUGGCUGGCAAACGCCCCGCCCUCUGGCACCACAACAGCCGCCGAGUGCCACAGCGACCAGCAGAAGACCCUCCCCCUCCCACUGCUCCAAGCCACACCCCUACACGGCAGCGGCGCAUCCUAUUGGUCAGGAACAGCGACCCAGCGGUGAGGAGGAGUGUGAUUCUGAGCCGCCGCUCGACCCGAAGCCUCCGAGUGUUUCUGGAAGACAUCUCGGAACUGAUGCGGUGUCACGUCAGGAAAUUAUACACACUAGAGGGACGCAAGAUUGACAGUGCACAGAGCCUGAUGACGUGUCCAGGUGUGUUGGUGUGUGUGGGUCGGGAGCCCUUCAGACCUCUACUGCUGGAGUACGUAACCAAGAGCUCUGAGGAGAAACUACCUGGACUGGGAACGCGGUCAACUGGCAACGGGGCCCGCUCUCCCGGUACUGGAGCCCGGUCACCUGGUAACGGUCAGGGAGCUCGGUCACGCUCUAGUGUCUGUAGCGAGGGACACGACAGCAAGAAGAACGUGAACUUUGGUCUGGAGACUAAGAAGAGCAUCAUUCAUCCUCGCUCAGACUCUUCAAACCGCUCCACCCGUUUCUCUCUCUCCUCUGAGAAGUCCUACGCUAACGGCCUCAGCACCUGUCCCCACUCCCACAGCGGCAGGGAGGCGGUGCUGAACGAUGACAUAGAGAAGCGUGUGCUGGUGAACAAAGAUGGCAGCCUGUCUGUGGAGAUGAGGGUGCGGUUCCAUCUCCAAAACGACGAGAAAGUCCAAUGGUCCACGGAGAUUAAGAAGUCUCCCUCUGACUCUCUGACCAAUGACUGCUGUCCGCUCAGUGAAGCCCAGCCCUGCUACCUACAGCAGGGCCAAUCGGAAAGCUGCUCGGACCCUGACUCCACCUCUUGUGUUGCUGAAGCUGCCGACUACGCCCCCAAGCCUCCACAGCGCUCCCUGAAGGAGCCACAGCCACGCUGUGCCUGCUGCUAUCAGCGACAGGACCCGGAGUAUGACCUCUGGGAAAACCCCGCCCACAUCCAGACCUCUAAGCACUCCCACUCCAGGGUUAGACACACCCACUCCUCUAGCUCCUCCUCCUCCUGCCGCUCCAGCAGGAUGGUGAGGAGGCGGGCGAUGCACAAGGAGGGUUCAGAACCAGGAAGGGUUGUCCAGGAGUGCUGCGUCCGGGAGGAGGUACAGCGUCGGGUGGAGGUGGAGAGGGAUGGAGGGAUGGUGGAGGUGUGUACAGUCAGCCGUAGCUGCAGCCGCAGUGAGCUCAAUCUGAGUGCCACAGACAACCAGGGGGAGGAGCGUCCUCUGUCUAGCUCUUCCCACGUACUCCAGGUGCUUCAGGAAGAUGUGGAUGACUUCCCUCCAAGCGCCUCACACUGCAGCCAUAGCAACAACCCCCCACAACCGCUCCCCUUGACUCCGCGACCUCCCAGCCACUUGUCCACUUCCUCCAGGAGCAGGAAACACACCCCUGCCCCUACCCCUACCCCACAGGGAGAGGAGGGGGGAGAGGGGGAAGAGGAAAGGCAUGACAUGGGUGAGGAGAGGGCUAGCAGAGCCUCCUCCCGACGCUCUUGUCACUCGUGCUCCUGCUGUAGUGGAGAAGUCACCCCUCAGGCCGACCAGGAGAGGGCGGAGUGCUCGCGGUCAAAGGCCAGCCAAGCCUCCCACAGAUCCAGAUCCUUCAACAGAUCCAGAUCUCCCUCCAACAGAAUCAGAACCCCUGUGGCUUCAGAGGAGGGAGAUGAUGAAGAUGAUGAGGAGGAGAGACCAGUCAGCGUUAUGUCCACUCACAUCGGCCUCUCCGGGGGAUCGGGGGGGUCAGUGGGGUCUAUGGUGUCCAGUGUGUGUCCUCACUGUGGGGGGUGUGACCAUAGGUCCAGCCCUGCAUCCUGCCCCUCACAGAGGUCACAGCGAUCUAAAUGUGAAGAGGAGAGGUCAGGGAGCGGACUCUCGGGUGGCUCAGAUGAGUCCGGUUUUUCUCAGAGGACCAACAGGUCCAACUGUACCCACUACUACCAAGAGGGCCGAGCAGCCAGCAGAAUGUCACACCUGUCUCUGCCCGAGGAGGGAGAGGAAACAGGGAAGGAGGGAGAGGUAGAGGAGGGAGAGAAAAGAGAGGAGGGGGAGAAAGAGGAGAGAGCAGCCAGCGCCCUCUCAGCCAAAUCCUUCUCUUCAGUCAAGGGCAGGAACUCCAGAACCUCCCAUAAGUCUAAGGCCUCAGAAUCCCUUGCAGACAUGGAGGAAGAGAUGGAGGGAGAGAUGGAGGGAGAGAUGGAGGGAGAGAUGGAGGGAGAAGUGGAAGAGGGAGAGGUAGAAGAGGGAAGAGAGCAGAGAGCAGCAAGUGCCAUGUCAGCUAAUUGUAACCUCUCAGGAAAGUCCAACAGCAAAGCAGAACGGGCCCCUUCCCCCAACUUACCAGAGGCACCAGUUACUGAUGAGGUGGGAGAGGGGAGACCAGCAAGCGCCAUAUCGGCCAAGUCUAGCAGGUCUCAUAAGUCUACCUGUAGAAAAGCAGAUGGGUCCACCAAAGCUUCAGAGAGGGCAGCAUCUCCCAGAUCAGAACCAGAAGCUGCUGAGGAUACCGGAGCAGCAGAGACAGAGGACAGAGCAGCCAGUGUCAUGUCAGCUAAAACCAGUGCUUCAGCAAAGUCCAGCAGAUCUCAUAAGUCUACCCGGAGUCAGAGUUUUAGGGCUGCUUCAGCUGAAGUCCCUGCUAUUGAGACAACAGGUGAAGAGGUAGAAGAGGGAGAGAAAACAGAGGAGAGGGCAGAGAGCUCCAUGUCAGCUAAAUCGAACCUCUCAGCAAAGUCCAACAGGUCCCGUAAGUCUGCCUGCAGCAAAGCAGAACAGGCCCCUUCCCCCAACUCACUAGAGGCACCAACCACUGAACCUGGUGUGGUUGAGGAGGGAGAGAGAGCAGCGAGCGCCAUGUCAGCUGAAACCAGGGCUUCAGCAAAGUCCAGCAGAUCCCACAAGUCCACCUGCAGCAGGAGUGUUAGGGCUGAGACACCUGUUGCUAAAGACAUCCCUGCUAUUAAAACAACAGAAGGAGAUGAGAAUGGAUCAGCUGCUGCUGCUGCCGGAGACACAGAGGAGAGACCAGCGAGCGCCAUGACGGCUAAAACUAACGCUUCAGUCAAGUCUAGCGGAUCUCAUAAGUCUAAAGCUUCAGAUAGGGCUGUCUCUAAAGGGGCUAACAUCCCGGCUAUCGAAACAACAGUGAAAUCUAGCAGAUCUCAUAAGUCCACCUGCAGCAAAGCAGAACGGGCCUCUUCCCCCAACUCACCAACUGAACGGGCCCCUUCCCCCAACUCACCAACUGAACGGGCCCCUUCCCCGAACUCACCAGAGGUAGCAGCUUCUGCUGUAGAUGAGGAGGGAGAGAGAGCAGCGAGCGCCACGUCUGCUAAAACCAGGGCUUCAGCAAAGUGCAGCAGGUCCCACAAGUCCACCUGCAGCAGGACUGUUAGGGCUGAGACUCCAGGGACUAAAGACAUCCCUGCUAUUACGACGACAGGGGGAGAUGAGACGGUUGACGAUACAGCCGCUGCCGGAGACACAGAGGUGAUACCAGCGAGCGCCAUCUCAGCUAAAACCAGCGCUUCAGUCAAGUGCAGCGGCAGAAGGGCUAAGACUCCAAGCUCCCGACCAGCCGAUGUCCCUGUUAUCGAAACAACAGGAGGAGAGGAGAAGGAGAGACCAGCGAGCGUCAUGUCAGCUAAAUCCACCGCCUCUGUCAUGUCCACCAGGUCUCGUAAGUCUACCAGUAGUAGGAGGGCAGAACCAGCUGCAGAACCAGCUGACGUCCCUGUUAUUGAGACCACCGGAGGAGACAAGAAGGGAGAGGGGACAGAGAGACCAGCGAGCGCCAUGUCGACUAAAUCCAACGUUUCAGCAAAGUCCAGCAGGUCUCACAAGUCCACCUUUAAUAGUGGAAGUACGAGAGCGGUUUCGCCAGCAGCUAAAACAGCAGAACUCCCCACCAUUGAAACAACAGGGGUUGACGGGGAGGGAGAGAAAACAGGGGAGAGACCAGCUAGCGCCAUGUCGGCUAAAUCUCACGUCUCAGCUAAGUCCAGUACAUCUAAUAAGUCUAAUGGCAGUAAUAGAAUUAUGUUUCCACAUCUGAAAAAAGAGAGAGGUGAGAGAGGUGUUAUACCUGCCCCCAGCACUACAGGAGAUGACCUUGAGACAGGCAGUGUGAAAUCUGCCGUGAGCACAAAACACAAAAGUAAAGCAGAUUCCUCCUCCACCAGAGCAUCACAGGCCAGUGCUAAAUCUACCAAUCAAACACCGCCUGCCACCACCGAGACAGCCAAUGAGGAGUCUCAAAGUCAAGCCACCAGCAAGGCUGCAGACAGAGUUGAUGAUGUCAGAAAUGAUGUCACAGAGGAGAAAGCGUCCAGCGUACGCUCUAAAGCAGCUGGAGACUCCAGGCCUGCAUCUGCUGCCUCCGCCCGCUCCACCAGGUCAAAGGUGAAAGUUGAGAAGGCCAGCGAUGCCCAGGAGGAGGACAGUCCAAAGACAAGCGCCUCCGACUUCCUGCAAGUGAAAGGUCAAGGUCACAGGGUCAGAGCUCAGAGCUCCAGACCAAAGUCAGCGGGAGACCCUCCCUCCGAGUCUCUCAGUCCCCCCAGGGGCUCCGCUAUUCAGUUGGAGACGGCCAGCAUCAGUGACAGCCUCCUCUCCCAGUUCCUGUCAGCUGCUGACCUGCUCAAGGGGAACAUAGCCAUCUUGCGCCCCUCCAGCCCUGCAGGGUCAAAGGUUAGCCUCACUGAGAAUGGGAAGAGUGGAAAGAGCCAGAGGAGCAGGAAGCCCAGACAGGAAGAGGCGGAGUUAGAGGAGCUGGAUCCCCUCUGUCUGCCCAACACCUCGCCCAACGACGUUGUCAGUGACUGGCUGAGAGGCAUUCCUGCCGACAGCGGCAUGGAUAAUCCUGAAGACGAGAUGAACGAGGGAAUUGAGGAGACAGAAGAAGAAGGAGAGGAAGCGUUGGAGAAAGGAGGGGAAACAGAGGGAGUGGGAGGAGAGGAGAAACAAGAACCGGUUGAGACCGCAGUGCUGGAGCAGGAGAACACGGCUGAAACAGGACAACAGGAAGUGGAACAGGAGAACACAGCUGAAACAGGACAACAGGAAGAGGAAGUGGAACAGGAGAUCACGGCUGAAAUAGGACAACAGGAAGUGGAACAGGAGAACACAGCUGAAACAGGACAACAGGACGAGGAAGUGGAACAGGAGAUCACGGCUGAAACAGGACAACAGGAAGUGGAAGAGGAACAGGAGAACACGGCUGAAACAGGACAACAGGAAGAGAAAGAGGAAGUGAAGGAGGCUGCAGAGCACCCAGAGGAAGAUGAGGAGGUGGAAGAGAGGGGAGAGGAGGAGGGAGUAGAAGAGGGAGGAGAGUGCUCUGAGUGUGCUGGCUUAUGCUCUGACCCGGCCCCGCCCACCAAUGACAUCACUUCCUGUCAUCCUCGCCAUCUGUUCCUCAGUAAAGAGUCAAAGCUGCCCUGGAGCUGCCACUCAUCUGUGGCAGUGAUGAAGGUUCUACUGAGCCCUUCACUGGGCCGAUGCAGCUCCCUACCCGAGAUAAGUCCUGUGUACGGACGCAGACUGAGCUCCUCUGCUAAAGGUCUGCUGGACUGUCUGGCCCAGCUGCAGCUCAUCGACCCGCCCCCUUCUCCAGCUGCAGCCCCGAGCCCUGACAGGGGCCAGAGUUACCAAGAGGUCAUGGAUAUACUAGAGUCACUGUGGCUGUCUGAGCCUGAGAAGGGGAAGGAGAGGCUGAAAGACUCUGGUGUGGACCUGAGCAGCGGCUCAGCUGGGUCGGGGGGUUCUGGGAAAGGCAGACCAGAUGAAACAGCAGGUGACAUCACUCCCAUAGCGGAGGGAGGGGAGGGGGAGGGAGAGGAAGCAGCAUCAGCAGAACUGCUUUCAGACACGGCCACCCCAGACAUCGCCAGCCGAGUGCAGAGCAGUCCAGGGGAUGAUGAGGCGAUCCCAGAGUUGCCCGCUGGGAGAGGUGAGAUGAUGCGGACCCCUGAGAGCCUCAAAGCCCCAGGGAGCCCGUCCUCUUCAAACAGCACAGCCUACAAGUCCCCUACUGACAUAGAGAGAGAAACCCCGGAAGACACCCCCAGCUCAGGGACACCCCCGUCGGUCCAGCGAGCGCUGCUCACCAAGCGUGUCUCCCAGGACCCUGACCCAGUCUGGGUUCUCAACCUGCUGAAGAAGCUGGAGAAACAGUUCAUGACCCACUACGUAGACGCCAUGGCUGAGUUCAAGGUACGGUGGGACCUGGACGACAAUGUGAUGUUGGACGCUAUGAUCACUGAGCUGAGAGACGAGGUGAAGAAGAGGAUCCAGACGAGCAUCGAUCGUGAGCUGAGGAAGAUCCGGGGGCGGGCAGGGCGGGGGGGCAUGCCGCGCCCCCCUAUCCUGUCCCGGGAUUCAAUCGUUACAGACCAGAGGAGGCGGAGGUUAAAGGUCAUGAAGGUUCAGUCAGUGAACGAGAGUGACGGGGAGCAGGGUUCGGGGGCGGAUGUUAGCGACCAGCGCAGCGAGGGUGAGGAUGAGUACUGUCCCUGUGAAGCCUGCGUACGGAAGAAGGCGGAUGCCCAACAAAUCAAAAUGGAGGCUAUGGUCACCACAGCGCCGGUGAUGAUGGCGUUUGAUCUGCGUAAGAUCCUGCAGAUGAAGAAAGACCCAAAGCCUCUGGCGCCCCCUAGCCCCACGGAGGGGAAGAACAAUGAUUGCCUGGAAUUGGAGGAGAAGAAGGAGGAGGAAGAGGGUGGGAAUCUAGAGAUGGUACACAAAGACGAGGAAGAGGAGGAUAUUAUACCAACUGUUGUCAUACAGGAAACUAUCCCUGAGGAGGAAGAGGAAGGAGCAACUGAGGGAGAGGAGGGAGAGGAGGAGGCACAGGAGAGUGAUGAAGCUGAGUCUGUGAUGGGGGAAGUAGAGGAGGAGAUAGCUGAGGAGAUAGAUACUGAAGAACAAGAGCAGGAUGGAGUGGUAGAGCGAACGGAGGAUGAGGAGGAGGAGGACGAAGGAGAAAUGGGAGGUGAAAGUGCAGGAGAAGAUGGUGUGGAGGGGGAGGAGACAGGAGAGGGGGAGGAGUUAGUAGAAGGGGAGGAGGAAGAAGCAGUACAGGAGGAUCAAGCAGGAGGAGAUGAAAACACUAUUGAUGGACCAGCAGAGGGGGAGGAGCCAGGAUCUAUGGAGAACACAGACCCAGUUUCACCAAUGCGCUCUUUAACCCCCAUAGAGACCAAGGAAACCGGCUCUGAUGGACACAAGACGGCGUCUGCCGGUGAGGGGUCUGGGGGGAAGGGCCAGAGGAGGAGCCGAUCUCCAGCCAGAGCCAAACGCAGGAAACCCAAAGAGAGCAACAUAGAACUAGACGAUCUAGAAAUGUAA